ACUGAUUAAAGUCUAUAAAUUCACUGAUUCUGAAGAGCUUUAGAGAUUAUCUUUGCAAGUUGGUUACUUGCACAAGCACAACUCUCAAAAUGAGAAGUCCAAAAUGUUACUUCCUAAUUCUUUUGAUUCAAUCUGUCUCCAUCAUUAGCUUUCACCACUACAUGAUGGCAAUAAGAGGUGAAACUAGUGUUGUAAAGGUGGAUGUGGGCAUAAUUCUUGAUCUGGAAACAGAUGUGGGAAAAGUAAUGCACAUUUCUAUCUUACUUGCACUUGAAGAUUACCAUGCCAACGCUAGUCGCAGUGCCAUUAGGAUAGUCCCUCACUUGAGGGAUUCCAAGAAAGAUAAUGUUGAAGCAGCAUCCGCUGCCAUAUACUUGCUAAAGGAUGUCCAAGUACAAGCUAUCUUUGGGCCACAAAUGUCUACACAAACUGAUUUUGUGAUUGACUUGGGGAACAGAGUAAAAGUUCCUAUAAUUUCUCCAGCAACAAGUCCUUUACUUACAGUCAAGGAAAAUCCCUUUUUCAUCAGAGGAGCACUUCCUUCUUCCAGCCAGACUAAAGCCAUUGCAGCAAUUGUAAAGAACUUUGAUUGGAAGGAGGUUGUAGUAAUCUACGAGGAUAGCCCCUAUGGAACUGGGAUACUUCCACAUUUGACUGAUGCCUUGCUGGAAAUUAGCACUUUAGUCUCCUAUAGAAGUGGUAUUUCUCCUUCGGCCAAUGAUGAUCAAAUCCACAGGGAGCUAUACAAGUUGAAGACAAUGCAGACCAGGGUGUUCAUCGUGCACUUGCAACCAUCUCUUGCCUCCCGCCUUUUCCUCAAGGCCAAAGAAGACGGGAUGAUGAGCGAUGGAUAUGCAUGGAUCAUCACAGAUGUGCUAACGAGUCUUCUGGACUCGGUAGAUCCUUCAGUGAUUGAGUCAUCAAUGCAAGGUGUUCUUGGUAUAAAGCCAUAUGUUCCACGAACAAAUGAGCUUAUCAAUUACACCAAGAGGUGGAGAAGGAGAUUUCGUCAAGUGUAUCCAGACAUGGACAUAGCAGAACUCAAUGUUUUCGGGCUAUGGGCAUAUGAUGGCAUCACAGCAUUAGCAAAAGCAGUAGAAAAAGUGGGUGGCACUGCCAUCCCAAAAUUCAAAAAUACAGAAACUAGAGAGAACUUAACCGACUUAGAUGCACUUGGAACCUCAGAAUUGGGAUCUCUGCUCCGUCACUCUAUGCAAAACACAGCGCUGAAAACAGCACUAAGUGGUGAAUUUCGUCUCAUCAAUGGAGAAUUGCAUCCAUCCCCAUAUCAAAUUGUGAAUAUAGUUGGGAGAGGACAGAGGAGUGUUGGAUUCUGGACAGAGAAGGAUGGGAUUUCAUGUAAACUGAAGAUGAAUGGUAAAACAGAAGCUAAGUGUAAUAAUAAGCAACUAGGAGACAUUUUUUGGGCGGGUGAAUCUACUAUUCCUCCAAAAGGUUGGGAAAUACCCACAAGUGGCAAGAAGUUAAGGGUUGGAGUUCCUGUCAAAGAAGGGCUGGAGCAAUUCCUUAAAGUGGAAAUAGAUUCAAAAACACAAGAAGUAACCGCAACUGGUUUCUGUGCGGAUGUCUUCAAAGAAGUCAUCCUAUCCUUGCCAUAUGCUCUCCCUUACGAAUUUAUUCCAUUUCAAAUACCAGAUAGCCCCACUUCUCCAGACUAUGAUGAUCUUGCUUAUAAGCUCUUUUCUGAGAAAUUUGAUGCAAUUAUCGGUGACGUGACCAUUUCAGCGAACCGAUCCAAGUAUGUGGAUUUCACAUUACCUUUUACGGAGUCCGGUUUUUCUGCAGUUGUGCCGGUAAAGGAUGAUGACAGGAAGAAUGCUUGGAUUUUCGUGAAACCUCUAAAGAGCGAACUUUGGAUAACAAUCGGAGCAUUCUUCGUUUUCAUCGGUUUUGUGGUUUGGGUACUCGAACAUCGUGUAAACAAAGAGUUUCGAGGAACCAAACAAGAGCAAGUUGGGAUGAUAUUCUGGUUUUCCUUCUUAACUCUCGUUUUUGCUCAUAGUAAGCCUCUAACUCAAAGUAAAUCAUACACAAGCUUUAUAUAUAUCCUAGCUAGUUUCUCAAUAAAUCAUGUAUGGUUGGUUGUUUCAGAAGAGAGGGUAACAAGUAACUUUACCAGAUUUGUGCUGAUUGUGUGGGUUUUCGUGGUUCUGGUGCUGACAUCGAGUUAUACAGCCAGCUUAACAUCUAUGUUGACAGCGCAAAAGCUUCAACCUACUAUAACAGACCUUAAUGAUCUCAUCAAGCAUGGAGAAUAUGUUGGUUACCAAAAAGGUUCCUUUGUCCGAGGCGUCUUGAAGCGCAUGAAAUUUGACAGCACCAAGUUCAGAAGUUAUAGCACGUUGGAAGAGUAUAACGAUGCCCUCUCAAGAGGAAGUAAAAAUGGAGGUGUAGGUGCAAUUGUUGAUGAACUACCUUAUCUCAGACUCUUCCUCAACAAAUACUGCAGGAAGUAUAUUAUGGUUGGUCCGACUUACAAGACUGCUGGCUUUGGAUUCGUAAGAUUCUCUCUGCAUCUGGAAAUGUUGCAUAAUUGAAAUUAUGCUAUCCAUGGUAGUUCACUCAAUCUAUUAUUUUAUUUUCCGGCAACUUCUUACAGGCAUUUCCAAAAGGGUCACCUUAGGUACCUGAUGUAUCAAGAGCAGUUUUGAAGGUGAUGGAGGGAGAGUUUAUGAAUAACAUAAUUCAGAAAUGGUUUGGGAAUGAAACAGAUUGUCCGCGGAUAGAUGGAAUGGCUAUAACAUCUGAUAGCCUCACGCUAGAUAGUUUUAAGGGCCUUUUCCUCAUAGCUGGUGUAUCAGCAGGCUCCGCUCUUCUCAUAUUCUUCCUCAUCUUCCUUUAUCAGAAUAGAGAAGUCUUAACCACUGAUGAUUCAAUAUGGCAAAAGCUUUGUGCAAUAGCAAAAGUCUUUGAUUUAGAGAGAGACAACUCUAAUUCUAUGUCAGAAAAGCCAUCUGAAGGCAAUGAAAGCAAUACGCCUACACUGCUCGCAGCAAGUGAAGCUUCUCCUGAAAUAUUUCCCGACCUUCCUUCGCAAAGCCCAGAAAUCAGAAUUUCCGACAGGCUAGGAGCAUCCCCUACUGCUGACAGGUUCUCUACAACAGAACCUGGAACUCCAGUUCAUGAAAACAUUACAGGGACAAUUGAAGAGAGAUUGAGAUGAGCUAAUAGGGUUAGUUAGACCAGAUGACAUUACAACUUUGACGCUCUUUGCCAGAAUUUAGAUAUGAUGGGUUCAAAGUUUAAGUUCUUAAGAUUGAAUUUAUUGCAUUUCUGUAAUUAUGAGUUAAGAAUUUAAUAUUUGUUGAAAGUCUACUAAUUUUCCACUU